CCCGCUUCUGCCCGUGCUGCACUGCGAAUUCCGAAUUGUGGCUGCCUAUGAGCAGUUGCCUGCACCAAGUCGACAUCGCGAAAGAGUGCUCAGUGAUGGUCUGCUAAGAGUAUAAAAGUCAGCGAGUGUCCCUCGGCAUCCUCAGCAGACCGACACCUCCAUCGCAUCUCUACUACUGUUCUCAAUCGCCUUCGCCCCAUUCGACAUCGCCUAGCUCGACAUGUCUCUCAAGAACCUCCUCAUCUUUGUGACCUGCGCACUCCUUGCGUCCCACGGCACCGCCGCACCAGCGGCCGUGUCGGUGGCCUCGCUGUCCGCCAGUUCCUCAAUGGCCUCCGAGUCCUCUUCGUCGCUCGCGUACUAUUCCAGUACUGCCUCUGAGGGAGUAGCCUGGUCGUCCUCCGAGAACGAACCCUCGUCUACCUCGUCCGCACCGCCGGUCUACGAAACGGUUGCGCCUGCGUCGGACGAUCCCAACUACGUUGCUUGGACCCCCGACUACACCGGCACGCCCGAGGCAAUUCGCGGCUCCCUCGGUGCGACGGUCAUCGGUCCCCAAAACGUGCCGCUUGACCUUGAGAACCCGGACUUCCUGGCGCCGCCUACGACUGACAAUGGCGAAGUACCUAACGCCAAAUGGCCGUUCAGCAUGAGCCACAACCGCCUCCAGACUGGCGGAUGGGCUCGUCAGCAGAACAUCAACCAGCUGCCUGCCGCCACCGAGUUGGCCGGAGUUGACAUGCGCCUCGAGGCCGGCGCCAUUCGCGAACUGCACUGGCACACCGCUUCGGAGUGGGCAUACGUGACCAAGGGCUCUGUGCAAGUGACGGCCGUUAACCAGCUCGGUCAGAACUUUGUCGGAACUGCAAACCAGGGCGACCUGUGGUUCUUCCCGGCCGGCGUUCCCCACUCCCUUCAGGCCACGAACGCAACUGAGGAUGGCGCCGAGUUUCUCCUGGUCUUCGACAACGGCAGCUUCGACGAAGACGGCACGUUCCUCAUCACCGACUGGCUCGCACACACCCCGAAGGAAGUCAUCGCAAAAAAUUUCCAGGCCCCCAUCUCCGUGUUCAAUGAGCUUCCGGACGAGGAGCUCUACAUCUUCCCUGCUGCGUCCCCGGGUCCGGACUCGGACGCGCCGGUGAGCCCGUACGGCACCGUGCCGAGCUCGUACACGUUCGCGAUGUCCCAGAUGCCUGCGACCGAGCUCUCGGGAGGGUCUGUCAAGAUCGUGGACUCGCAUGUGUUCAACAUCUCGAAGACGACGGCUGUCGCAGAGGUGACGGUCAACCCUGGCGGGAUGCGCGAGCUGCACUGGCACCCGACUCAGGACGAGUGGACGUACUUCCUGGAGGGGAAUGCGCGUGUCACGGUGUUUGCAUCCGAGGGUAAUGCGGGGACGUUCAACUUCCAGGGCGGCGACAUUGGCUAUAUCCCCGCAGCGCACGGCCAUUACGUUGAGAACAUCGGCAACACGACGCUCCGCUUCCUCGAAGUCUUCAAGACCGCGACCUUCCAGGACGUCAGCUUGAGUCAGUGGCUUGCUCUCACACCCCCAGCGAUGAUCGAGGCUACACUCAACAUCAAGGCCGAGGACCUCAAGUACUUCAGCAAAACCAAGCCUAUCGUCGUCGGCCCCGCUCCGGUCAACAACACGACAAACGGCACCGCCGCUGCAUGAAAGCCCGCUGAACGUUCGGUUGCCAUAGAAUUAAUAGAGACGCUGACUUCUGUUAGCGUGAUGCUGCGGUCGUGCCUCCCGUACGUGUAGCGCUGUAUCGUGUAGUUCUUGUAGUGUACCAUAUGGCUUGUAAUUUGAAAGUAUUGAAUCGGGACCUGUUCGCUUGCUCCGCUCUAUUCCCU